CCGCUGAUGGGUAACUAAUGGGUGGCAGACAUGUGAAAUGGGGUCCCUUUGGAUCAAAAGGCUUACAGACCUCGUUUGCAAGUGUCACAGGUUGCAGACUUUUGUCAUGCCACAGGUUUGUUACCAAUCUUACGGGUUACCGAACUUCUUUUUCCUGCUCUUUACCUCACGGCCUCUCGGCUGUGAUCUCAAUGACUCCAAGAUGACUUGCUGCGUAAUGCCUGGCUUUCUUGAACCCCCGGGACUAUCAUCUCCCAGUACGGGCAUCAAAUGGUGAAACUGCAGCUUGAUGUUUUUCUUCAUUCUUCUUCAACAAACCAUGCAACUUUGACACUUUUGAUCACGUGCGCAUUGAAUGCCCCGCCGCAGCUGUAAGCAGCUCAGACACCUGCAUCAGCCCCCCCACCUGCUGAUCAUGGCUCGCAUGGCAACCGCAGGGGCUGUGGCCCUCUCCGCCGGCAGUUUGCUGACCUUCGUGGCCCCAAAGGCUCAGCAGGGCAGCGCAGCUUCCCUGCGCUCCACGGGUGCUUCGCCGGCGCCGGCGACCAGCAGCUGGGGUGUGGCGACCGGCUGCGCCUUGGCGGCGGCGGCUGUGGCGGCACCCGUGAUCAACCGCCGGGGAGCUGGUACGGCCAGACAGGUGGUGGGCGUGUGCCUCCCGUUGACCGAUAAGUUCGACCCCCUGAACCUCGGCAACACGGAUGCCAAGCUGGACCGCUACACGCAGGUGGAGAUCAAACACGGCCGGGUCGCCAUGUUGGCCACUGUGGGCUACAUCAUGCCCGAGAUCUUCCGCUUCCCCGGCUGCGAAAGCUUCACGCACGGCCUCGGCGCUUUGGAGACAUUGCCUUUCGAAGGUUGGAUUCAGUUGGCGGGCCUCCUGGGCGCUCACGAGGUCCUUGUGAAGCCCCGUGCGGGUGGCAUGGGCCCCAACGACUUCGGCCUGGGCACCGAGCUCUUGGACGGCAUCGACGACGCCGAGCUGGAGCGCCGCAUGACGGUGGAGCGCAACAACGGGCGCCUGGCGAUGGUCGCCAUUAUGGGGCUGAUGGUGCAGGAUGGCAUGUUUGGCGAGCCACCUCUGACCUACAUGUCCAAGAAUGGCUGGUGGGGUGAGCCUGUUCAGUGGUAUGUGCAGCACAUCAACAACUGCCAAUCCAGCAUUGACUCCGUUGUGCAGAACGCGAACGUUUGCGCUUUGCCUCGGCGCAUUGGGCGCACCCAGAUGAGGGCCUCAGCCAAGCUGAGCGAAGGGCCCUUCAUUGAGACUGAGACCUACCCUAAGGAGAUGGAGAUGUCAGCAGCGGUGCCAUUCCUCCGCUAUCCGCAGGUCUUGAAGGGCUGGGUGGGCGAGGAGAAGGGCUUCGAUCCGCUGGGCGUCACCGACGCGCUCCCGGUCUACUGGGUGCGAGAGGCGGAGUUGAAGCACGGCAGGGUCUGCAUGUUGGCCACCGUGGGUUGGAUCGCCGUGGACAUGGGUUUCCGCUUCCCGGGCGACAAGUUCCAGGCGGUGGCCAACAGCUUUCAGGCCCAUGACCAGAUGGUGGAGGCAGGCUACAUGCUCCCCUUCCUGGGUGCCAUUGGCACCGUGGAGCUUUACUCCGGAUGGCUCUUGUACCAGGGCUGGUUGAAUGAAGUGAAGCGGGAUGCCGGAGACUUCUUCGUGGGCAAGAAUUUCCUCCCAAAGGAGCCUGCCAAGGAGAAGGACAUGCGCCUCAAGGAACUCGAGAACGGCCGCCUGGCGAUGUUCGCCUUCAGCGGCAUCGUAACACAGGCGGCGCUGACCGGAAAGAGCUGGCCUUUCAUGUAGAUUUUAUCAAAAGAUCGGUGGCUGAUAGCAUUGGAGCCGCCAAAAAGGGCUGAGCCGCAUCCGCUCCCGUGCCACAUCGGGCAUAGAA